AUGAAGCCUUUGCAAAUGACCCUCGAAGAAAAAGUCCUCCUGCUCACAGGCAAAGACCUAUGGAGGACCAACGCAAUUCCUCGCCUUGGUGUUUCCAGAAUCAAGACGUCAGAUGGACCUGUAGGCGUCCGCGGGGGCAUUUUCACAGACAGAGUCAGCGCUGCUUCAGCGCCUACCGGGGUUUCCCUGGCGGCGACUUGGGAUUUAUCUGUCAUCAGAGAUGUUUGCAGCGUUUUGAUCCACGAGGCUAAGAGCAAGGUAGUUGAUGUUCUGCUCGGACCAACGGGUAAUAAUCCUCCACCCGCUAAAUAUCACCCGAUGCUUAUCUUUAUGGUUUGUAUUCCCCGAACAACACUCGGCGGCCGCAACUUCGAAGCCUACGGCGAAGAUCCCUACCUCAUGGGCAAAAUCGCCGGUGAGUUCAUUAAUCGUCUUCAAGAUGCCGGUAUCGGCGCUUGA